UCACAUUGAACCGUUUUUUUUUCUUCCCCUGUGCAGCAGAUCUUCCGAUGCAUUGUAACAGUGUUGAAGAACAUAAACUCCUGAACACAAUGCCUCGACAUCUGUAAUGGCGUGCUGACUUUCGGAUGUGACUUCGGAGAAACGAUUGUCAGGAUCCCGAAAACAGAGAUGUAGUCUGCACUCUGGUCUGUUGGCAGACUCUUAGGUCUCACUAUGCUGCUUUAUCUGCUGCUGGCCAUCUUACUAACGAACAUCAAUGGCCAGAUAGACCCAGCUCACUGUCGUUAUCCUCUCGGUAUGGAGGAUGGGAGGAUCAAAAACGACGACAUCACUGCCUCCAGCCAGUGGUAUGAAACCACAGGCCCUCAGUAUGCAAGGUUAAACCAUGAGGAGGGGGACGGCGCCUGGUGUCCUGCUGGUCAACUGCAGCCCUCAGAUGUUCAGUAUCUUCAGCUUGACCUUCGUCAGCUCAUCUUUCUCACAGUGGUUGCAACGCAGGGUCGCUAUGCACGCAACUCCGGCAACGAGUAUGCACGCAAGUACCGUCUGGAGUACAGUCGUGAUGGACGCCGCUGGAUCUCCUGGAGAAACCGUCUUGGCAGUGAGAUUAUAAUGGGCAAUAUAAACACCUACGACUCAGUGGUGAGAGACCUCCAUCCUCCCAUCAUCACUCGGUUCUUGCGCUUGAUUCCUGUCACCGAUGCUGUACACACUGUGUGUAUGAGAGUAGAGCUGUUUGGAUGCGCCUGGCAGGAUGGCCUGACGGCGUACAGCUCUCCAGAGGGCCAGACCAUGAUGGCUCCUGGAUAUCCCAUCACACCUCUCAAUGACUCCACGUAUGACGGGGCCCUGGAACGCAGGAAGCUGUCUGGGGGGCUGGGUCAGCUGACGGAUGGUGUGAUUGGUCAGGAUGACUUUGUACAGAGAAGGCAGUACCGGUUGUGGCCCGGAUAUGACUACGUGGGCUGGAGGAACGACAGCUUGGGCCCUGGAUAUGUAGAGAUGGAGUUCCAGUUUGACAGACAACGAAACUUCACCUCUAUGAAGGUUCACAGUAAUAACAUGUUCUCUCGGGGUGUGAAGAUCUUCUCGUCCGUGUUCUGUGUGUUUAAAUUGCAUCUCAUUUCUGAGUGGGAAGCAGAGCCGGUGGAGUUUCACACCGUUCUAGACGACCGGAACCCAAGCGCUCGUUAUGUGACCGUCCCGUUAAAGCACAGAUCGGCCACGGCUCUGCGCUGUCGCUUCUACUUUGCUGACACUUGGAUGAUGUUCAGCGAGAUCUCAUUUCAGUCUGCAACUAAUGUGCUUCCUACCCAGAGGCCUCCAGUGUUGACCCCUCCUUCAUAUGAAGUUAACAGCAAAGUACCAGAAACUACACAAAAAACAGAGGACCAGACGACGCCAUCAAAGACGGGCUCACCUGAAGAGGGCAGUACAUCGAUUCUGAUUGGCUGUUUAGUGACUAUUAUUCUCCUGCUGGUGGUGAUCAUCUUCCUGAUUCUGUGGUGCCAAUAUGUGUGCAAAGUCAUGGAGAAGGCUCCCAGGCGUAUUUUGGAGGAGGAGGUGACCGUGCGUUUGUCCUCUAGCAGUGACACUAUAAUCCUGCAGACUCCCCCGGUGCCCCCGCGUGUCUCCCUCGACCCCCCUUAUGAGAGGAUCUUCCUUCUGGACCCCCAGUAUCAGGAUCCCGCUGCGCUCAGGAACAAACUUCCAGAGCUGUCUCAAAGCGCAGAGGAUUCUGCCUGUAGUGGAGGAUAUGCCGAACCCGACGUUACCCUUUGCACCCCACACCAGUGUUUUCAGAGCAGCGUGCCGCACUAUGCUGAAACUGACAUCAUUAGCCUGCAGGGCGUCACCGGCAGCAACAUGUACGCCGUUCCGGCCCUCACCGUAGAUUCCCUGACACGGAAAGACAUCUCGGUGGCCGAGUUCCCUCGAGAGAGACUGCUGUUCAGAGAGAAACUGGGAGAAGGCCAGUUUGGUGAGGUACAUUUGUGUGAAGCCGAGGGUUUGGCAGAGUUUCUGGGAGAGGGUGCACCGUUACCAGAGCAGGAUGGCAGGCCGGUGCUGGUAGCAGUUAAACAACUCAGAGCGGAUGCCACCAGUAAUGCCAGAAAUGACUUCUUGAAGGAGAUAAAGAUCAUGUCACGUCUGAAUAACCCGAACAUCAUUCAGCUGCUGUGCGUGUGCGUGAGCUCCGACCCGCUCUGCAUGGUGACGGAGUACAUGGAGAACGGAGACCUCAACAUGUUCCUGUCCCAGAGAGAGAUGGAGAGCACACUCACACAUGCCAACAACAUUCCGUCUGUCAGCAUUGCUGACUUGUUGCACAUGUCGGUGCAGAUCUCUUCUGGGAUGAAGUACUUGGCUUCUCUGAACUUUGUGCAUCGUGAUCUGGCCACACGGAACUGCCUCCUGGACCGCCAUCUCACCAUAAAGAUCUCUGAUUUUGGCAUGAGCAGAAACUUGUACAGUAGCGAUUACUAUCGUAUACAGGGGCGCGCUGUGCUGCCCAUACGCUGGAUGGCCUGGGAGAGCAUCCUACUGGGGAAGUUCACAACAGCUAGUGAUGUGUGGGCAUUUGGAGUAACUCUGUGGGAGAUCUUCACUUUAUGCAAGGAGCAGCCCUACAGCCUGCUGUCUGAUGAACAGGUCAUCGAGAACACCGGCGAGUUCUUCAGAAACCAGGGGAGACAGAUCUUUCUCUCCGCCCCACCACUCUGUCCAUCCUCUCUGUUCGAGCUGAUGAUGCGCUGCUGGAGUCGUGACAUCGCAGACCGGCCCUCUUUUCACAGAUUGUAUCAGGCCCUGCGAACUUUUGCGCCCCACUCAUGACCGAUACAACCUGGAGCAGAACUGUUAAAUAAGUACUCUGACUGCUUGCCAGUCAGGGAAGUAGAGCGGAAACAUUAUAGCCAUAAUGUAGCGUCAUCAGAAAUCCAAUGGAGGAGAGAUCUAGAGAUGAGAUUUCACAAAAGGCAUUGAUUCAUUCAUUCAUUCACUCACUCAUAUAUUCAUCUCCAUUGGGACUCAAAGAGCUUCUUUCCAAUCCAUAGACACUUGAGAUUUUUUUUUUUUGUACUUUUCGUUGUUAAUAUUUCCUUUUAGUACAAUCAUCUUACUUUUCUUCAUCAUAAAUGUUACUUCUGUUUGUUGUUUUCCCAGAAGAACAGUGACUCUUAAGCCUACUGUGUAUUCUAGGCAGAAAGAACCAACUGGACGAAUGUCGUAUUUGUCAAAACUGUGGUCGUGUAUCGUUAAGCACUGCUGUCUUUGGUUAUUAUUUCAUUUUUGUCCUAUUUUUGUUCCUUAUUUACCCCCACACUGGAGUUACUGUGUCUUGUUAUGAUAUUAAGUGUUGUUUUGCUCUCUGAAUAUGAAUGUUUUUACAGGUUCUUUGGAUAUAGCCGGGUCAGAGACUUGCUCUGUCUGGAUCUAGCAGAACUACUGUUAUAGUUAGAUUUAAAAACCCUUUCGGAGGGGAGAUGGAGAGGGUUAUAGAGCCAACAAUGGACUGACGUGCAAUUGCAUGCACUGUUUCCUCCCCCAACUUGUAACAGGCCACUUUAAAGUCAACAUGAGAUCAGAAUGGACUCUGUUUGCUUUCUUCAAACUCGUUUCUGGUCUCAGUGAAUGACUCAUCAGUGCAAAUUUCCAAAGAAGACAAUGUUUGUUAUUGUAAUUUCAUCACAAUGUAGUAACUUGUUUCUGGUUUAAUGUUAAAAGGACAAGAAGCAUUUCAGUCUAGAUGCAUCAAAAUGUUCUUUACACCUUCAUUUUCUGCAUGCAAGUGUCAAAUUAUGGGAGUAAAAUGGGUUGUUAACGCCAUUUCAUGUUGGCUUUAAUAUCCAGCAAAAAAACGCAAUAUUGCACCAUCACAGCCAACUCAAAUUGCAAAGUUAAACACUACAACUCUGCAAUCUCAGAACUAUAUGCCAAUAUUACAUUGUUGUUGAAUUAAGUCUGGCUGAGGAUGACGUAUAGGACCAAUAAUAUCAAUAUUAUAGAGAUCCAUAUCUUCGAUCUCGGUAAAAGGCACAUGGUUUUAGGGGAUUAUGUAUGUAAGAUUAAAAAUUAUUCAAAGCACAUUUUUCUUUCUCUCUUUUAACCUACUUUAAUGUUUUAUACAAGUUCUUUAAUGUCAUUUAAUGCUUUUAGUAAGUGUUUGUGAAUGAGUUGCAUCAUUCUAAAAAAUGAUUUGGUGGACUACAGUGUAAUCAAAAUCUAGUAUUUCUGUCUUUGUACUAGUUUCUACAGCAUUCCUUUUGUGUAGUUUGUGUUUACUGUAUUUCAGAAAUUGUCAUCAAAUGUACAGGAGACGUUUUAUUGUUUGGCUGCUGAAAGGUUUGGCUAUGCAGGACGUUUGAAGAGUCCUCCGAUAGCACUGGGAUUUCGGUUGAAUGUUGGUGGUAGGAAAGCUAGGAGCUCGACGCGGUUCAUCGAGAAGGGCAACCACUAAAACUCAAUUUCCCAGAAGCCUUUGCUGAAGUGAGCCUGAGGCAAUUUCUGUUAUUACUGAUUGGUUUUUUUUUUUUUUUUUUUUCACUACAUAUUUAGAGACCAAGAAUGCAUGUCUGUGUGAAUGCGAGAUACUGCGAGUGUGGUUUUGUUUCAAGUGAAAUUAAAUUGACCUUCUUUAGCAUUUAGUACUCAAUAACAGUCUUUCAUUCAAACCUUUUAACUCUCUGUAUAUGUCCUUCAUGUACAUUACAUAAGCAGAGAAGAUACUGUAUGUAUAGUAAUAUAUUGGGGACUAAGUAAGAUCUUUUUCUUUCAUCUUCUUUCUUAUUUUGCAUAAUAAAUAUCGAUUUUGCUGUAA